AUGCCCGGGGUGGUGUUUCUUGUUUGUGUUCCGACGGCGAAUUAUGAAAGGACGUUAAUUAACGGCAUAAAUUACGCUCCAAAUAAUGAACAGCUGCCUCCUCCGAUACCACCGCAUCAGGCCGGGCGCAACCUAAACAUAAAUCUCCCGGAAAAUGCGCCUCGCUCCGGGGACAAUACGCCCGGGAAUGCCAUCCUGCGGCUCGAAGUGGAGCUGCGCGACAAGCACGCAGUCCAGGGUCACAACCGUCGGCCACCGAACAAAGCCAAACCCUCGAAACCACCGCCGUACGGUGCGACAGUCCUGAAAGGACCUCCAGGCGACGGUGGUUCGGCUACGCUGGAAAAGGUUUUGGACGAGCUGCUGAAGAAGCUGGACGUUGAACGCGUCAUCUGGCACCCGGACAAAGAGGGUCAGUACUAUCAGGUCGUUUUCCCACUAGCGGCCGGAGAUCCUUGCGAAACGACGCUCCACUGUUUGACCGAGCUGGGCAUCGGCGUGAAGUACAACUCCAGCGUCAGCGUCCUUCCGUGCAGCGUCAGUUACGACGGCUCAAAUGACACCAGUAACGAAGAUGAAUACGGUGACGAGUACGAGGAAAACUCCAAGUGGAACAGCUUCGUCGAUUCGAUCCGCUCGAAACUAACGGUGAAGCAGGUCGUCGAUGGCGUUCGAGCUGGUGGGUCACUUUCGUUCGACUACCUGCUGCUCAUCGUCACCGCGGACUCGCUAGCCGCCCUCGGGCUGGUGGAGAAUAACGCACCGAACAUUGUGGCCGCGAUGUUGGUCUCACCGCUGAUGGGUCCGGUGAUGUCGAUUACCUUCGGAACGAUCAUCGCCGACCGCAAGCUUGUGAAAGUCGGCUUCACAGCGCUCGCCCUCGGCAUGUUUAUCUCGAUACUGUUCGGAUUCAUUUUCGGGCUCAUCCUGGGUACCACCCAAAUGCCGUGGGGAUUUGGCGAUUUUCCCACCGAGGAAAUGAAGGGCCGUGGCAACGCGCGCUCCCUGUGGAUGGGCAUUCUGUGGGCGCUGACGUCCGGUAGUGGUGUUGCGGUGGCCCUGCUUCAGGGUUCCGCUGGACCAUUGAUAGGUGUGGCCAUUUCCGCUUCACUGCUACCACCCGUCGUGAACUGUGGCCUCUUCUGGGCACUGGCAUGCAUCUGGCUGAUCUACGAGGACAUCAAGAUGCCACACCUGAAGGGUGAGCUGUACAGCGGCAACUCAAGCUACGAGUUCAUCUACACCAACUACAUCCCGACCGAGUUCCUAAUUAACGGCAUCGUCUCCGGUCUGCUGACGGUGAUAAACGUCAUUUGCAUCUUCAUUACGGCCAUCAUCGUGCUAAAGAUUAAGGAGGUGGCCGCUCCGUACACCUCCAGUCCGGAUCUGCGCAGAUUCUGGGAAACGGAUAUACGAACGGCACGGACGGCGAACCGCACAACGAUCCGACGCCAUCGUGCAGGUGAAGCGGACAUCAUGGCCACCUACGCCGAGCUGGAGAACGAUCCGAAGGCGCGGAAUCUGGAGAAUGCACUCGAGCAAGCCCUGAAGGAAGCCGUCGACGAUGACACCUAUCGAAAGGUCAAGCGGAUGAGCUAUUCGAGCAAUGCAGCCGGUGAGAUAUCCGAGCGUCUGUUCGGGCACGGUUCCGGUGCCAGUGCGCAAGGACUUCCACCGGGCGCUAGUGGUGCUGUCGGUGGCACAAACUCAAAGACAACGGCCGAUUUGAAGCUGUUGGAAAAACUCGUCACAUCCCUGCUGGAGGCGCAUGGUGGCUCAUCAGGCGAGGGGUCACCGGGUCGACCCGGGGAUGGUUCCGGUUUGCACCGAAGCGGAUCCUUGCUCGGCCGCUUCCGUCCCAUGUCCCGGUCGUUCCGCUCGACAAACUCGCUCCGUCGACGAGCUGCGGAUGGGACGGGCCAUUCUACGGGUGUUGGUGUUGGUUCCGGGACGGGAACGACCUCGGUAACAGGGGGUGAGAUGGCAACCGGCGGGUUGAUGCCAACUAUUCAGGAAUCUGGCACCGACCGGGGCAGCGACCGGGGGCGGCGAAAUUCCUGGACCGAACGGUCGAGCGGAAACGUGCGCCGGGUGUUGAACUCCAUCGCGAAUGCGCCACACCGGUUCAGUCAGUCGCUUGGUGGAGGAGUUUCGGGCCAGGAUAACGACGAGGAGCGCAGUAAUUUGACGCAGAACAUUCUCUGACGCGGUCGUGACAAAGUUAGUACGAGGUUGAUGCGAAAGGAGAAGCUAUUGGAUGAAUGUUGGGACAACUAUGAGGAGCUUAAUGCUGGGCCUCGAUUUAAGGACAUUGAUAGAGUGAUCAACUGGAAGACUUAGUAAUUGAAACUUUAUAAAUAGAAGCUUGACAUAGCGCAGGCGUGCCGAUAAAUCCAUUUUUUGAGUGUUUAAUGUUGAAUGUAGAGUGAUAUCUCAAAAGAAACAGGGAGAAUGACAAAAAGCAGGAAUAAAAGCUGUUA